CAAUGCUUUUAACACUCUGCACAGGACUUACAGAGUCACAGUUGUAUUGGAAUCUUGUGUGAAAUUUAGUAAAGCCACCCACGAUGGAUGUGAAAGCGUUUGCAGUAUUAACCCUGCUGAUGGUGACAAUGUGCAUCCAUGUAUCACAUGCAAAGCCAUUCAGCCUGGGCCAGAGAUGCUGGUGCAGAUCUCCUGAGAAGAGUGUGCACAAGAACAACGUCAAGAAUCUCAAGUUUCUGAACACUCCCAACUGCCCCCUGCAGAUCAUUGCAACAAUGAGAAAUGACAAACAAGUAUGUCUUGACCCUGAAACUAAAUGGCUACAGCAAUACUUGAAGAAUGCUAUCAACAAGUAAGGAGAAACACUUCUUGACAAGAUUAAAAACUCAAGAGGCAUUUGAGAACAUGUGUUGGAUUACAGCUCCUUUCAUCCAUGUAAUUUUUGUAUUCUUCUCUGGACUGCUUGCUGUAACAGCACUUAACCACCAUACCUGUAUGUUGAAGCAUUGAUUCUGCCACCUGAAUCGACACUGCCAAUAGAAAUAUAUAUGUGUAAAAUUAUAUGUAGAUUUCUUUUAUAACUAGGAUACAAGUGUCACACCUGUUUUCAGUUUAGCUGCUUGUUCCUUGAUGUUUGUGCUGGUGAACUUCAUUGUUUUUGGUCUAAAGAGUCAAACAACUAAUUGAAAUUAAUUUUUAAAGAAUAACUUAGACUGCCUUCCACCCUUAAUGCAUUUCUCAUAUGCUCCAGUCCAAAUAUUUGUACUCUUGAAUAUAUGGAGAAAACUGGUAACCUUAGUCUUGUAAGGUGUUCUCAGUUUUACAUUAUUGACACCUUCUCCUGGUGCAAAAAUAAAGCACCAUGGAAUUGAACUAAAUUGCAUUUGAAACUAGCCUCCACUGAUAAUCAGCCCCGUUAUAUUUUAAGAACUCAAAUAGGGGCAAAUUGCAAAGUAACAGUUGAAAUUAAUUGUAACUGUGGUUAGAUGCAGAGUAACUACCUUCCCAUUUACAUGCUGUAGUUUUGCAUCACCAGAGGCAAACUAAAUCAUAUGUUUAUAGUGCAGCAAUAAGAAGCUGGUUUGCAACGUGCCUUACUGCUGCUGCUUGUCCCAAUUCAAUGCACUUUAGUUUAUUCAUAUGUCUGCAUUUGCCAGCAAACAGUGAUUUGGGCUGUUUGCUCAGUGAAUAAAAUGGAUCACCUGAGGCAAACUUUCUGUAUUUCAAAGAAACCUUUUGCAUCUGGGAAUCAUUUUAAGGUCUAUAAUCUCCAUUUAUAUACUGAUUGCAAAAUGUAGUUAUUCUCCUGUUAAAAUGAAGACUUUCAUGUACACGCUGCAAAGAUUUUCCGAUAAGAACAUCAUACUAGCAAUUACUGUGUAACUAAUUUUUCUCUUGUUUUGUUUAACUUAUGCUUGUAACAGCUUUUAAUGGCUUUUUUUUUUACAGUUUGGGAUUUUAUUUCUGUUUGUUUUAAUUUGCUUGUUAUAUUUGCUUGUUGACUUUUCUAUGAGGCAGAGAAUAGUCGUAUGCCUUAAACUUUCUGCAUAGUGUAGGUGUUUUAUAAAACCGUGGUAAAAUGAAGGUAUUCCUAGAAUGUA